CUUACUUGUUGUAUCUUGUCUUCACCAAUACGAUGGCUGCAAUAGAUGUUUUGAAUUAAAAGUCUGAAACUUUAAAUGGAUACAUGGGAAACUCAUAAGUGGACGGUCAAUUGAGCUUGAAACCGUCGAAACAAUGGGAUCCCUUACCGUUAUUAUUGAAGGAAUGGAAAGUUCCGCCUUGUUGAAGGAAUUUCCAGUUACAGGGCUCUUGAUCUUGGAAGUGGGGCGUGAUUUGUUAGGGAGGGAAAAGGUGUUGCUGGUGGUAACAGAACACUCACGAUGUGAUGGUUAUUACCUCUCUGCUUGUCGAUUUCGGCAGAGUUAUUGCUGUUCGUUGAGCCACGCUUGCCGUUGCUUCCAUAUGCCAUGCUUGGAAUUUGGGUGGUCAGAGUACGCAGUUUGCUCGAAAUGGGAAGUUCCAGACAGCAGCUUCGUUGGAGCAAGGAGCAAAAAUCUAUAAUUGAAGAGCUUAAAAGGAAGGUCAAUGUCGUAGAGGCAGAGUUGGCGGAAGAGAAGGCCAGAAGAACACCUAAAAGGACAACUACAGAUGAUGGUGUACAAAGUGCUGGACAUCCACAAGCAUUCACUAACAGUAACAGUGCAUUUGUUUCCCCUGGUGGAAUGUCGAACGAGGAAGUGGGUAGAAUGUGCAACACUAAAGAAGGUGCAAUGUCGCCAAAUGCAACGGGUGGAAUGUCCAACAACCAAUCACAGUUGAAGACAUAUGUUAGGAUUGGAUCAAGAAGGCGUUAUAAGAGUCAAUUACUUAGGAUACCAUACACCGCAAAUGUAGUAGUUAUAAAGAAAAAUGAAUAAUUAUUGUAUUAGACUUCACUCUUAGGACAAGAACAUGACGUUGUAAUUAAACCUAUUUCGUUCAAUAUAUGGAACAUCCAUGUUUGGUUCAAUCCAUUUAUGUAAUUCAUA